AUGCCAGAUGUUAGUUGUGAUAUGUCAAGCCAAACAGAAGAAAGUUUUUUUGACUCACAAAGCAAAAUCGAAGCAUUGCAGAAGGAAAAUGAACAACUUAAAAAUGAUUUGUUGCACAGAACUGUAACUACAAAAUGUAAAUUAGUUGAACAUGUGCUUUUGUCAGUCGGAGCAUGUAACCACUACACUGGUUUACCAAAUGUUAAAGUUUUCAAAGGCAUACUAAUAUUUUUGAACACUGGUGACAAUAGAGAAAAUGUGGUAUUAUACAACAACCAACAGGUCAAAGGUGAUUCGCAGAGAGGGAGACCCCGAAUGCUAUCCCCUUUAGAAAGUUUUUUGUUGACCCUGGUACGCAUUAGAAGAAACUUCGAUAUUUUUCAUUUAUCUUAUAUCUUUCAAGUUUCUGAAGCUACAGUCACCAAUACAGUGUUGACUUGGAUAAAUUAUAUGUACGUUAAAUUUGGAUCAAUAUGCAUAUGGCCUACCCGACAGCAGGUAAAAGAUGUAAUGCCAAAAUCAAUGAUGGAAAAAUUUCCAAAUGUACGGUGCAUUAUAGACUGUGUCGAAUUCAAAAUUGCAGUGCCUCCUUCACUUGUUGUCCAUAAAUUGAUGUAUUCAGAUUACAAAAGUCACACUACAGUAAAAGUUCUGGUUGGAAUUGCACCAGGGGGUGGCUUCACUUUUAUAUCCUCAGCCUUCCCUGGGAGCAUAUCUGAUAAAAAUAUAGUAGUGAAAAGUGGAAUAUUAUACCCAGAACUCUGGGAGCCUGGUGAUGCGAUCAUGGCAGAUCUAGGUUUUUUGAUAGCAGAAUAUGUGAAUCCAAUCGGUGUGGAGCUGAUAAUACCAUGUUUUUUGAGAGGACGAGAUCAGUUCAGUGAAAGCGAAGUUAUUCAAAGUCAACAAAUUGCCGCUGAAAGAAUACAUGUCGAAAGAAUGAUACAGAGAUUGAAAACUUUUUACAUAUUUGAUCGAGUUAUUCCUGUUAACAUGCUAGGUUCUCUUAACCAGAUCAUCACUGUUUGUGCAAUGUUAGCAAAUUUUCAAGAACCAAUUUUAAAGCUUAUUUUUGUGGUAAUGUUGCAAACUCGUAAAAAUCAAUCCUUGCAAAAAAUAUCACUUUGA